AUGCGAGGUCGAAAUGAAGUGAUAUAUCGGCGAGCUUGCAAGGCCUGUUUCGCUGCGCGCUCGUGCGCCGUCUGCCACGGUGUGCCGCCGGCGUCGCUGGAGACCCCGCAGUGCGAGAUGUGCGACAACCUCGCUCUGUGGUGUCCUGAGUGCACAACACCAGAGCAGCGGGCGGCGGGCCUGUGUAAAACACAUUGGGAUUCCCCCGAGUGCGCAUUCUGUUACAGGACCGAGGACUCCGCCACCAAGGAACCGCUGCAGGUGUCCAUGAUCGAAUGCGGAACAGAGAGCUGCUCCAAAGUCGUGAGGAGCUGCUUUGUGUGCUCGUCGCAUUUCAAGAAGAGCGCGGCGCUGUGCGACGUGUGCUGGAAGGCAGCUGGCUCCAAGUGCAUCGGAUGCGGUGUCAAACCAGCCCGGACCGCCAGGGUAUAUCAGCACUUUUGCCAGAAAUGCUUCGGGGAGGAGAGGCUCGCAGACCUCGUCCGUGACGAGAGCAGGAAGUUCCUCGCCGACGAGCCGCGACCGCAGAGGCUCGACGACGGCGUCGCCCGAUCCGCACCCGCUUUGCAGGUACUCCUCGCUCUGGCAAAGCCCGAGCCCGGGUCCUUGCCGAAGUACGCGGAGACGCCCGAGUACAUGGACCCGAACCAUUGCCGCUUCUGCAAGCAACCGUGGGGCGGCUCCGACGACGACGACAAGACAGUGCUGGAACGGGCGCUCGCAGAGGGCCUGGACGCGGUCAGUCCGCAGGUGGGCAGGUUUUGUGUGGCGCAGUACAAGAAUGCGCAGACGGACGAACGAUGCGUCCAUGAUGCCUGUGCCGUCUGCUGUCGAAAGACGCCCAAGUGCGACUUGAAUCGAGUUCACAUCCCAUCGUCGAGCAGCGACACGUGCCCGGAGUGGUUAUCGUGGUCCGAUGAGUUCUGGAAUGAAAACAAGGAGACGUGGUACGAGCAGGUCGACAAGCUCCUCAGCAUUGAACAGUACUUGAAAAAGUUCUUCAAGGUGUCUGAGCGAGCCCAGGAAGCGCGAGAGAGCGUGGAGGCGUGCAGCCGCGGGGAGCCGCACGAGCUCGGGUUCACGAAGGUGGAGGACGCAAAGAACUGGGUCGACCGCGUGCGCCGUUGGGAAGACAAUCUGAGGAGAGACAUGCGGGAGCACUCCGUUGUCUCUCCAGGUGAUCCGAAUCAUCGGUGGGUAUUGUACAAGUCCGCAGUAUGCACGGAUGCGCCCGAGGGCAGCGGCGGAGAUCUUCGCGUGAGCAUGUGCAAGGAGUGCGCCGAAGCAUUGUCGAACACGCACACAGACAGCCGCGGGCGGUGCCGCCCGCGCGUACGCAUGCCCAGCGAGGCUCUCGCGAAUGGCAUGUGGCGUGGUCCUGACCCGGAAGAGCUGACGAACUUAACGUACACCGAGUGCAAGGUGAUCAACCUGGCGAGGGUGUACGUCAGCGUGAAGCGCGUGUUGUUGGACAGGGCGUCUUUCGCCAGGACGAGUGCCGACGAGGCGCCGCGCUAUCGCCAGAAGAACGUUGUUGCGUACCCGCAGAGCCCGGACGCGGCUCUGACUGCCAUCGGACUGUCGCCGAUGGCCCUGGCGCACACUCUGAUCGUCCAGUUCGUGGGAAGCCGCGCUGACGGUAUCUGGCAUCAUCCUGACUUGCAAGUUUCCGUGGCGCGACUUCGAGCAGCAUUUCGUUGGUUGUGCUCCAACAGCUGGAACCACAUGGAAGCCACGCGACACCAUGCCGCAUGUGCGGAUUCUGGCUUACUCCACGAGUCGAUCGAGGAGUUGCUGGACGCGUACGCGACGAGCGUUGGUGGAUCCUCGGGCGUUCCGCGCGAGCUCGUCGACUCGGCGACGUCGAUCAGCGGCUCAAGAGCUUCGGUGCAGUCUAAAGGACCAGCUGACUGCACGGAAGAAGGUGAACGCGACACGGAGGAGAACGGGCCCGAAGAGGCGGAGAACGCCGCCGUCGUUAACGGCGGUUUAGCAGACGUCGACUCCCUGCAGCAGUGGGCACAGGUCAUCAGAAACUUUAAGGCGGCUCAGCGGUUUAAAGAGGAAUUGGCCGCUCUAGACCCCGCCGACUUAUCUGCUCGCGCCGAGAAGAAGAGAAUGCACGGUGUGAGCAUGGCCCAGGCCAUCGAAGACCUGGAGAAGCUGUCGAAUGAGAAGAUGCGAAAACGUUUGGAAGAGUGGGCGCGGUCGGAGACUGACGACAGAGCGCCCUUGAAGAUCACGCACGAGACCACGUUCUUGUCUGCUCGCACGCCGAACUUUUGGGCGUCCUGCUUCGUUCGGCUGUUUCCUCGGGGAGAUUGUCAGGAAACAUGCCCAGAACGUAAAGCGGCGGAUAGUACCGUAUCGUUCUUGUCUUCCAAUAAGUGGAUCCAGUGCUUACUUAAACGAGCAGAUUGUGAUUACUGGCGGAAGGACCUGGAGUUCGUCGCAUCCGUGGUCAACAUCUUUAUGCGUCGAGAUCAGAUGAGCAAGGUGGAAGCGUGCAUGAGGGAGACGCCCGGCGGCGGCUUCAUGGGCAUAACUCCCGAUGAGAUGCAAAGGAUGAACGAGAUCACAGCGGAAGGUUUGGUUGCCGCCGCGAUCGCGAUGGGAGGUGAUGCGAAGGGCAUGAGCGAUCUUCUGAGGAAUAAAAAGUUGACCCAACCAGUCCGCACAGCCGCUGAAAAAAUGCAGGCCGUGUCCCGGAAAGUGCGUGGAUCUGCCGAAGAGCGGGACUCGUACAGGUGGAAUUUCCGAGCUCUUCAGAUAAACUCGGGCUGCUCGACUUUGUUCUUUACGCUGAAUCCCCACGACAUUCGCAGUCCGCUGACGGUGCUACUGGUGCAGGACGGCACGGAGAUGCAGAGGCGAUUCUCCCUGAACAUGAGCGACAAGGAGGCGGAGGACUGGAUGAAAGAAUUUCAAGCAGAGCACCCUCGUCUUCUCCACCGUCGCGUGGCGCAAGACCCUUACUAUGCCCAGAAAGUUUUCCACUCGACCGUCAAAGACGUGAUGCGCUAUAUAUUCAACUGCGCUGAUGGACCCUCGAACCUGCCUCCGGAUGGCAUCGCGGCGAUCGAGGUGCCCGGUGUAUUCGGGUACGUGCGCUCCUAUCUCGGAGUUGUUGAGGAACAGAUGCGGAAGGCGCUGCACAUACACAUGCUCGUGCAGAUUCUUGGCUUCUCGCAUCCCGACGAUAUCUUCGAGAAGAACUCUUUCCUCGACGAAUUUAAGCGUCUCCACUACUAUCACGCCUCAGUCAUGUUCCGCAGCCAGGAAGCCGUAGCGCAUCAUUUCGCCGUUCCUGUGGCUAUGAGAACCACCGCCGGGCUGCCGUUGUUCCCGGUGACUCUGAAGCAGCGGAGCAUGAUCGGCAGCGCUCGCGUUGAGGAGAGCAACCUCGCGCAGACUGUGGCGCGCGGACUCGACGUGCCGCCUGCUCUAUCCAGGAGCGUGCCUGAGUAUCCCUUCUUCGUGGGUUCGUAUCACGGCGACGAGAACGUGUCCGGUAGCGACUGGGGCAGCCGCGCUGUUGUCGAGAUUUUUUCAAGGAGUCGCAAGACGGGCAACCACGUGUGCAAGCCGUCCGUCUGUCACAAGGGGCGUCUCGGAAAGCGUGGUUUCUGCCGCAUGUUCUAUUGGCAUCUCGUGGAGGUGGGGGACCCGAAGACGGGGCGCCUCGUCGCCAAACGACAGCAUGGCUUGCAGCUGCAUCCUCGAUGGGAUGGCGUUGGGCCUCCGCCGAUUCUAGGGUAUCCACACGUUGGGUUGCCGGCUCUGGAGACGACGCACCAGUGGCACUUCAAGCUUUCCUACCCGAUCAUGCUCGGCCCGCAGUGCAAUCACGACAUCCAAGUGCUCCCGCGGUUGUGCGCUCUGAAGAGCAGCAGCCCAGACGCCGUGCCCGAUGAGGCAGAGGUUGCCACCGCCAGAGCGGGAAUGAUAGAGCAGCAGGCGGCGAAUGAGUUUUACUGUUCGUCAUACUCUAGCAAGUCCGCGCCGCACGCGGAGGGACUCGUGCUGACUCUUGCAGUCUCGCUCCAUCAGAAAGAGCAAGACGCGAAGGAGGCUGCUGGCCGCGGCGACGAGCCUGAGAACGUGCACGAGAAGGCGAAGCGGAUUCUCCACAGGCUGUUGUCGGCGACGAACAACAGGAUGCACAAGGGUUUCCAGAGAUGCUCAGUUACCUGCUUGAGGAGCCGACCCUGUACUCUAGCCACGAGUUCGUUACCGUCUUGA